GGCGGCGGCGGCGGCCCGGCGGGCGGAGCGGCGCGGGCAUGGCCGCGCGCGGCCGGCGCGCCUGGCUCAGCGUGCUGCUCGGGCUGGUGCUGGGCUUCGUGCUGGCCUCGCGGCUGGUCCUGCCCCGCGCCUCCGAGCUGAAGCGAGCGGGCCCGCGGCUCCGCGCCAGCCUCGAGGGCUGCCGGGCCGGGCCGGGGGCGGCUUCCCAGGCCGGCGGCGCGCGCGGCGAUGCGCGGGGGUCACAGCUCUGGCCGAACGGCCCGGCCCCGGACGGCGGCCCACGGGACAGGAACUUUCUUUUCGUGGGAGUCAUGACCGCCCAGAAAUACCUGCAAACCCGCGCCGUGGCCGCAUACAGAACAUGGUCCAAGACAAUUCCUGGGAGAGUUGAAUUCUUCUCCAGCGAGGGCUCAGACACCUCGAUACCAAUCCCCAUAGUGCCGCUCCGGGGCGUGGACGACUCAUACCCGCCCCAGAAGAAGUCCUUUAUGAUGCUCAAGUACAUGCAUGACCACUACCUGGACAAAUACGAAUGGUUUAUGAGAGCAGACGAUGACGUGUACAUCAAAGGAGAUCGUCUGGAAAAUUUCCUGAGGAGUCUGAAUAGUAGCGAGCCUCUCUUUCUUGGGCAGACAGGACUGGGCACCACGGAAGAAAUGGGGAAACUGGCACUUGAGCCCGGAGAGAAUUUUUGCAUGGGUGGGCCUGGUGUGAUCAUGAGCCGGGAGGUGCUUCGGAGGAUGGUGCCACACAUUGGAAAAUGUCUCCGAGAAAUGUACACCACCCACGAGGACGUGGAGGUGGGAAGAUGUGUCCGGAGGUUUGCAGGUGUGCAGUGUGUCUGGUCUUAUGAGAUGCAGCAGCUUUUUUAUGAGAAUUAUGAGCAGAACAAAAAGGGUUACAUUAGAGAUCUUCACAACAGUAAGAUUCACCGAGCCAUCACAUUACACCCCAACAAAAACCCACCCUACCAGUACCGACUUCACAGCUAUAUGCUUAGUCGCAAAAUAGCUGAGCUUCGCCAUCGCACAAUCCAGCUCCACCGAGAAAUUGUCCUGAUGAGCAAAUACAGUAACACCGAGAUUCAUAAAGAAGAUCUGCAGCUGGGAAUUCCUCCUUCUUUUAUGAGGUUUCAGCCCCGCCAACGAGAGGAGAUUUUGGAAUGGGAGUUUCUUACUGGAAAAUACUUGUAUUCAGCUGCUGAUGGUCAGCCCCCUCGAAGAGGGAUGGACUCUGCCCAGAGAGAAGCCCUGGAUGACGUUGUAAUGCAGGUCAUGGAGAUGAUCAACGCCAACGCCAAGGCCAGAGGGCGCAUCAUUGAUUUUAAGGAGAUACAGUACGGCUAUCGUCGCGUCAACCCCAUGUACGGGGCUGAGUACAUCCUGGACCUGCUGCUCCUCUAUAAAAAGCACAAAGGCAAGAAGAUGACGGUUCCCGUGAGGAGGCAUGCAUAUCUACAGCAGACCUUCAGCAAGAUCCAGUUUGUGGAGCACGAGGAACUGGAUGCUAAGGAGCUGGCCAGCAGAAUUAACCAAGAAUCUGGAUCGUUAUCCUUUCUUUCAAAUUCCCUGAAGAAGCUUGUUUCAUUUCAGCUCCCUGGGUCAAAAAAUGAGCACAAAGAACCCAAAGAUAAAAAGAUAAACAUAUUGAUUCCUUUGUCUGGACGUUUUGAUAUGUUUGUGAGAUUCAUGGGAAACUUUGAAAAGACAUGUCUUAUUCCAAAUCAGAAUGUCAAGCUUGUUGUUCUGCUUUUCAAUUCUGACUCCAACCCUGACAAGGUUAAGCAAGUUGAACUAAUGAGAGAUUAUCGCAUUAAGUAUCCUAAAGCCGACAUGCAGAUUUUGCCUGUGUCUGGAGAAUUUUCCAGAGCACUAGCCCUUGAAGUAGGAUCUUCCCAGUUUAAUAAUGAAUCCUUACUCUUCUUCUGUGAUGUUGACCUUGUGUUUACUACAGAAUUCCUUCAGCGAUGUCGAGCAAAUACGGUUCUCGGCCAGCAAAUAUAUUUUCCCAUCAUCUUUAGCCAGUAUGACCCAAAGAUUGUUUAUAGUGGGAAAGUUCCCAGUGACAACCAUUUUGCCUUUACUCAAAAAACUGGCUUCUGGAGAAACUAUGGGUUUGGCAUCACUUGUAUUUAUAAGGGGGAUCUUGUCCGAGUAGGCGGCUUCGAUGUUUCCAUCCAAGGCUGGGGGCUCGAGGAUGUGGACCUUUUCAACAAAGUUGUUCAGGCGGGUUUGAAGACCUUCAGAAGCCAAGAAGUAGGAGUCGUCCACAUCCACCACCCUGUCUUCUGUGACCCCAAUCUCGACCCCAAACAAUACAAAAUGUGCUUGGGGUCCAAAGCGGCCACAUAUGGGUCCACACAGCAGUUGGCUGAAAUGUGGCUGGAAAAAAAUGAUCCAAGUUACAGUAAAAGCAGCAAUAAUAACGGCUCGUUGAGGACAGCCUGAUGCCCAGCUCUGCUGGAAAAGACACUUUUAAUUCUCUAAUUUAUUUUUAAAAAGUUUUUUGUAUGAUCAGUUUUUGAAGUCCAUACAAGGAUAUAUUUUACACAUGAUUUUCUCACAAAGGACUCCUUUAAGAUUAAGAUUGAGCUUUUUGAACAAAAAUGUGAUCAAUGUUUGCCUUUGAACACAUCUUGCUGAACAUUAUGUAGCAGGCCUGCUUAAUCAUGACUUGAAACCUGAUGAACAGAACUUUUUUUUACAUUUCCUUUACAAACUCCCUUUGCUACAGUCCCACGGCAGAAAACAUGGAUGCGCCUGCAAAGUAUUACCGUAACAGAACACGGUCACUCUGGCAAAUAUUCCGUUGUGUCUGUUACCAUUGCACAGAUUCUACCUUUUGUCUUUUUUACAAUGAUUUUUAUUUUUAAAAAAAAGCCAUUUCAUGUUUCAGUUGUAAAAUAAGGAAAUAUGGUCAUAGCUGUAUUGUUACCUUAGAAAAGCUUUCCAAAGUUGAUUGUUUCCCCCAAACUGUGCUUCCUGUGGUCUGUAGGUAUUACAGCGAGGGGAGUGAGGAAAGCAGAAUGCAUAUGGCCCUUCUAGUUGUACACACGAGCCGUCACUGGGUUGGCCUAAAUGGACCUGGCAAUAAAUUUCAAAAGGGAUUUGGUGUUAUUUCUCUUCCCGACCCUUCUCUUUAAAGGGUAAAAUAUUAAUAUUUAGAAUGGCAAAGAAGAAUUAUUGUAAUAAAUCUAAUGUAUGCAAGCUUAAAGAAAAAACACACCCUGAUGAAAACAUUGGGGAAAAACUUGUACCUGGUUUUGUUCACUUCAUCCUUCCUGUUUGUGUUAUGUUGAUGGAGGUGGUUAUUUCAUUCUUUAGUGACUGUUUUGUUUUCUCCUUUGUAUCUGAAGUACCUUUAAUUUAUUUAAUAUCCAUUGUUUCAAGCUCUGCCAUUUCUGGAGUACCUGUUAGUUAUUAGUAUUUAUGUGUAACAGGAGUGUGCACUCACUGUUCAGUAUGUUUUACUUGCAGUAAACUGAUCUCCAAAGAUUUCCUUUUGAAAACAUUCCCCUCAAUUUUUACAUUCCUUACCGUUUUACUAAGUAUUAAGUGUUCUUUGACAAUUUUGGUGCUCAUGUGUGUGGGAGGGGUACAGAAGUAAAAUGAAUCUGUCACUACAUCAGAAAGUUUGUUUUAAACUCACAGAUCAAAUGUGCCUUAAUGAAUUUUUUUUUCAUUUAGAUUUCAAACAGUGAUAGGAUUACCAUUUUAAUACAUGGCAUUGGAGAUCUGCUUAUUUGUAAAUAGCCUAUUGCUCAUUUGGAAAAAUAAACCAGUGAACAAUAUUUUUCUAUUGUA